AUGCCACUUGCAUAAUGUGGAGGAUUAUGUUUGAAAGUAAGCAAAGAGUUAGGUGCUAAAUUGGAAGUAACAAAUCAAAAAAUAGUUUUAAUAGAGGAUGUAAAAUUAGCAGACAACAAGACAGAAUUGUAUUUCAUAGGAGAAUUAUAUCAUUUAAAUGAUUAAGAUUUAAUAGAAGGCCAUAAAUUAGAAAGUGUAAGACGAAUUUUAAUUGAACUGUAUAAGGCAUACGAUUCAUUAUUGAAAUAGAAUAAAUAGUUAGAUUUCUCUCUCUAUAAUCUAUUUUUAGUUUAAGAUUAACUAAAAGUAUUAGAUAUAGGAGUUUUAAAUAAAAAAGUCUAAAAAGACUCAACUCCAACAAGUAUGCUUGCAUUAUUAAUUUUAAAACUAUUUUUAUCACGACAAUAAUACAAACCAUUAAAAUAUAUGAAUAGUGGAUAAUAGAUAGAAUACAUACGGAAAUUAAAUGAAUAUUCAAUUUUAUUGCCAAUGCUAGAUGAUAUUCCAAAAAGAAUUUCCUGGGAAAAUCUUGGUUGUUAUCUCUUUUAAGAUGUUAAAAAAUAAGAAUUUCUAUCAACCAUGCCUAUUGCUAUGUAUUAUAAAUAGCCAUACAAAUUAAAUUCAACAUUAAAUUCAUAUAGUUUGGCAGUUUAAAGAAUGUAGAGUAAUUUAAGGUCUAGAAGUAAAAGAAAUGUAGGAUCUUUAUAUGAACAUUAAAAAACAUCUAUUAAUGGAUUAGAUGAUGAUUCUUAAGAAAAUCAAAGAGUUAUUCGUUCAAGAAGAUUAAUUAAUCCAAAUAUUAAUCUUAUUAAACCAGGAUCAAUGCAAUCUACUCCUAAUCAUAAUAAAUUAGAGCAUCCUUAUAGACAUUCUCCUUAAAUAAUUAAUAACUAAUCAUAAACUUAAUAAAUUAGAGCUUCAUUCAAAACUGAAAACUCUUUAUAAACAAUAUAACAAAAUGUUUCUUAUGAUAAUUUCUUUUUAAAAACAUAAACAAUGACUCCAGAGGAUUCAUAAUCUAAAUUUAUAUCGAUUAAUGCCAGUGUUAGUUAAAAUUAUUAUUCUCAAGAAAAUUAAAAUUAAAAUGACUAAUUAACCACUUUAUAAUAAUUAUAGGUGAAGAGCACAAUUUAACAUGAAAAAAGAAUUUUCAAAUUACCUUAACAUAAAUAAUUACCACCAGNGGAGAGAGACAUUGAGAGCUUCCCAUUAAUUAAUGUAUUAAAUAAUUCAUACUAUUUAUCAAACAGAUCAAAUUCUAAUUCAUUAAGCAAAGAAUGGAAAUAUUCCUAUGAUCUCUUUAACUGUAAAUAGAAGAAUUGAUUUAAUGCCACUUGCAUAAUGUGGAGGAUUAUGUUUGAAAGUAAGCAAAGAGUUAGGUGCUAAAUUGGAAGUAACAAAUCAAAAAAUAGUUUUAAUAGAGGAUGUAAAAUUAGCAGACAACAAGACAGAAUUGUAUUUCAUAGGAGAAUUAUAUCAUUUAAAUGAUUAAGAUUUAAUAGAAGGCCAUAAAUUAGAAAGUGUAAGACGAAUUUUAAUUGAACUGUAUAAGGCAUACGAUUCAUUAUUGAAAUAGAAUAAAUAGUUAGAUUUCUCUCUCUAUAAUCUAUUUUUAGUUUAAGAUUAACUAAAAGUAUUAGAUAUAGGAGUUUUAAAUAAAAAAGUCUAAAAAGACUCAACUCCAACAAGUAUGCUUGCAUUAUUAAUUUUAAAACUAUUUUUAUCACGACAAUAAUACAAACCAUUAAAAUAUAUGAAUAGUGGAUAAUAGAUAGAAUACAUACGGAAAUUAAAUGAAUAUUCAAUUUUAUUGCCAAUGCUAGAUGAUAUUCCAAAAAGAAUUUCCUGGGAAAAUCUUGGUUGUUAUCUCUUUUAAGAUGUUAAAAAAUAAGAAUUUCUAUCAACCAUGCCUAUUGCUAUGUAUUAUAAAUAGCCAUACAAAUUAAAUUCAACAUUAAAUUCAUAUAGUUUGGCAGUUUAAAGAAUGUAGAGUAAUUUAAGGUCUAGAAGUAAAAGAAAUGUAGGAUCUUUAUAUGAACAUUAAAAAACAUCUAUUAAUGGAUUAGAUGAUGAUUCUUAAGAAAAUCAAAGAGUUAUUCGUUCAAGAAGAUUAAUUAAUCCAAAUAUUAAUCUUAUUAAACCAGGAUCAAUGCAAUCUACUCCUAAUCAUAAUAAAUUAGAGCAUCCUUAUAGACAUUCUCCUUAAAUAAUUAAUAACUAAUCAUAAACUUAAUAAAUUAGAGCUUCAUUCAAAACUGAAAACUCUUUAUAAACAAUAUAACAAAAUGUUUCUUAUGAUAAUUUCUUUUUAAAAACAUAAACAAUGACUCCAGAGGAUUCAUAAUCUAAAUUUAUAUCGAUUAAUGCCAGUGUUAGUUAAAAUUAUUAUUCUCAAGAAAAUUAAAAUUAAAAUGACUAAUUAACCACUUUAUAAUAAUUAUAGGUGAAGAGCACAAUUUAACAUGAAAAAAGAAUUUUCAAAUUACCUUAACAUAAAUAAUUACCACCAGAAGAUAAUGAAUAAACUAUAAAGGUCACUAAAAUGGAGGAAGAUUUGACUAAGGAGUUUGAAAAAUAUUCAGAAAAUUAUAAACAUUAUAUUGAAUGCUUAAAUAUGAUUGGUAAGACAGUUGCUAAAUGUAUAACUACUUUAGAUGCAAAGAAUAAUCUUUGGAUGAUGCCUUUAUUUAUUGUAUUUAAAAGAAUGUAUUAAUUAAGAAUUUCUUUAGAAAAUAGUAUACAAAAUAAUCACAAUAUUUUCCAUCUUUAAAAUUAUACAUAAUUUACAGAAAGUUUGUAAUUUCAAGAGUUUAAAGAGGGAUUUAUUAAUCAAAAUAAUAUUGUUAAAACAGAAGUUUAAACUUUAUUAUAAAAUUGUGAAUUCAAGAUAGAGAAACUUGAUAAAAAAAAUUAAUAAAAAAUAGUUCCUUUGUUGAAUCUAAAUUUAGAUUAGAGUAUCAGGGAUAUUUCGUUUAUUUACUUUUACUAAUAGAUUUAUAGUUAUAUUAAAAAGUUAAUGGUAGAGCGCCCUAAAUAAGCACAAUAAUUAAGGGAUUUGAUUGUUAAAAUUUAAUGCUCCUUAUUAAUAAUGGAUUAAGCUAUUGGUGAUUUUAAAUUUGAUUUAUAAGAAUAUAAUAAUCGUAAACAAGAUGAAUUAUAUAGAUAAGAGAAUGAGUUAAAACUAGAAAAGAUUAAAAUGAGAAUAUAAAAAAGUGGAUAUUAAUUUUGA